UCGUUCUUUUUUGUAUUGUCAUUAAUAUUGAUUAACUAUUUUCUGUCUAAAGUUAUACGGUUGGCUUUCUACAAGUUAUAAUUUUUUAAAAAUAUCUUUGAUUUAUUCAAAUCUCUAUUACAAGAAAACUGUGACUUUUAUUCUUGUUCUCGUGAUUGGGCCGGUUCGUGAGUAUCGCUGUCAUCUCUAUUUAAAAAUGCAGCUACUGCUGCCACUUGAGAUAAUUCAUACAUAUAUAUAUUUUGUGAAAUAUCUGCCGAAAGAGAAAGGAUAUGGACAAUAAGUCAGCCGUCUCCUGUCUACAGGAAUUCUGUGCCAAGUCCAAGAACGUUCCACCAACAUAUGAUUUUAUUGACGGCGAAGACGGAGGAUAUGUUUGUAAAGUAGUUCUGAUGGAGAUCGAAGCCUAUGGAAAUGGUCGCUCCAAACGCGAUGCCAAGCAUUUGGCUGCUGCCAACAUCCUGCGUAAAAUCCGGAAGCUUCCCGGCGUGAGUGGCUUGCUGGAGGAGUGUGAAUCCAGUUCGGUGGCCGAUCUGUGCGAGGAGCUGACCAAUCUGAAUCGGGACAUGCUGAAGGAGCUGCGCGAUUACUGCGUGCGCCACGACAUGCCACUGCCCACCAUUGAGAUUGUGCAGCAGAGUGGCACUCCGAAUGCCCCGGAGUUCGUGGCCCGCUGCUCCGUGGCCUCCAUAGUUCGCUACGGGAAGUCGGAUAAGAAAAAGGAUGCCCGCCAGCGAGCGGCCAUCGAAAUGCUGGCCGUGAUCUCCAACGAAGCCGAGAACUUGCGUCCGGAUAAAAUGCAGGUGGUGAGCACUAAGCCGGCGGCAGGAGGUCCCGAAGUGGACGAUACUCUCGAGGAUCUGGAGGCGGAGCGCCGAAAGAAGUUCAACACGUAUAGGGAGCUCACAGACGCCGGAAGCGUCGACAACACGGGUUUGCGCCUCUGCGAUCGCCAUAACUACUUCAAGAACUUCUAUCCAGCACUCAAGCAAGCUGCCUUUGAGGUCAUCGGCUCCGAUGAAUACGUCAGCUCCAAGGACAAGGCUCUGAGCCUUCUCAGCUCCUUGAAGAUCACACCCUCCAUUAACCUUGAAUCGAAAUCAAUGGAGCCCCUGCUGAGUGUCGAACUGAAUUGUGACUUUGACGUUGUCUUUGUGGCUCUGGAAAGCCAGGUCUACGACCAGAUAAUACAAUACUUCGGCACAAUGCUGAUCUAAUCCUUAUAUAACUUUUAAUAAACAUAUGUAUAUAACAUUUA